CAACAAUUACAUCCAUUAAGAGUUAAGAAACAAACACGCAUUGAAAACAUUUUGAAUCAUCGUAAUAAGAUAAUUAAUGACAUAGAAGAUUAUUUAAUAAUUUAUUUAAACAACUUAGUUCUUUUGACGCUUUUAAAAACGCAAUUACUUCUUUCAAAGUUUUUGAAAUCAAAAUUAUUAUAUUUGGUAUUUCAUCACUAACUUUCUAUAUUAUUGAGAUGAAUACGCCAAGUUCAAACGGUGUAUUACACGGAACUGUAGCACUGGUAACGGGUGGUGGUCAAAGAAUGGGUCUCGCAAUCGUCGACGAGUUGCUAAAAAACGAUGCACAUGUGUCUUUAAUAGAUAUUAGUGAAGAAAUAGGAAAUAAUGCAGUCUGUGAAUUAGAAAUCAAAUAUAAAUCAUCUUCAAGAAAUAGAUUAUUAUUUAUAAAGUGUGAUGUUACCAAUGAAACAGAGUUCGAAGAUUCAUUUAAGAAAACCAUUGAAAAAUUUGGAAAAAUAAACAUUGUUGUUAAUAAUGCUGGUAUCAUGACCAAGUAUUUGACUUCUUGGGAGCUAGCCAUCGAUUUAAAUUACAAAGCAGUUGUUCGAGGUACCAUACUUGGUCUUAAAUAUAUUGAAAACAAAGUAGAUCAAAACUCUGCAGUAAUUAAUGUUGCAUCGAUAGUUGGAUUAUCCAACACUGUCUUGCCCAUAUACCAAUCGACCAAAAGAGCUGUUAUUGACUUCACAAAAUGUAUUGGAUGUCCGUUCAAUUCAAAAGCGACCGGAAAUAACGUUAGAGUCAUGGCCAUUUGUCCUGGUGCCACGUUCGAUGGAUUUGAAAAUAACAUUGAAGGGAAAAAUGCGUUAGAACGUGAAAUUGAGGAGCUGAUUACGAGUGGUGAAGAGAUCCCAAAUCCAAAUAGAAUACUGAUAAUACAGAGCACUGAUUACUAUAAAGCUGCAUUUCUCCACGUUUUGAAAAAUGGCAAAAACGGAGAUGUUUGGAUAACCGAAAAUGAACAGCCCCCGAGACUCACACAUUUCUCCACUCAAUAUUAAAUAAAUUAAAUAUCAACUUUUAAUUUAAUGUAAUUUUAACAAACAUGAAAUAGUCAUAAGUAAUAAAAAAUUAACUUAUAGAAAUAAACACCAGUGAUAAGAUGUAUUCUUAUUAUGAGAAGGUGGUGUCCAAUUUGACAGAUUGCAUACGUCUACAGAUUGGUUAGUUUGACAUAUAAUUUGUAGGGCAUCUGGAAUUUAACAAUCUAAAGUGAAGUAGUAAAUGGAUUGAACAAGAUUGACCAAAAAUUUAAAUUAAUUAAAGAUAACUGAGUUAUUGAAUCAAUUGUACCAGACAAUAGGACAUAUAGAAAUAUUUGGUUAGCGAUCUGUCAGUAAAGAAAGGGUUGGUGACAGGCAUGUAUUGGUAAUCCAACGACUUUUAUCAAACAAAAUUUAAAUUUGACCCGACUUCCUAACUAAUUUGUUUCCCUGGAGCUAUGAGGAUCUAAGAUAACCAAUCCUUCCACCAAGAUUUCUCGUACCUACAAGUGUAAAAUGCAAUGAUUUAAUUAAUGUUUGAAACUGAAAUAUAUUACUAUUAGCCCAUU